AUGGGUUUCGUGACGACUUACUUCCGGGCAGUUGAAAGUGCUCGAAAUGAUCGGAUCAUCCAUGACCCCUUUGCUGAACCGCUUACCCGAAAGAAGCAGCCGGAGAUUGAAACAUUUGUAAACGAGGUGCUUCGCAAACUAUACGCGUUCCCGGAAAACUUGAUUGCGAUUCGCACCCGUUAUCUUGACGAAGCUCUUCAUCAUCGCGACUCUCGCAUCCUCCAAAUUGUGAUUCUUGGUGCAGGACUCGAUGCUCGAGCCUACCGUCUAGGAUCACUCCGCGGUUGUCACGUUUUAGAAGUAGAUCAAAGUAGUGCCGUGUUUGAACACAAGGCAGAGGUGAUGAAGGAAUUGCAUGCACCACUUGUAGCUCAUAGUGUUGACUGCAUCGUCUUGAAUUUGGCUGAGGCAGGACUGGAGGCUAAUCUAAUGGGUCACGACUUUAAUCCAACAAUGCCUACGUUCUGGAUCAUGGAAGGAGUGCUCCCGUAUAUCGAGCGCUUGAGCAUUUCUGAAUUACUAAAGACAAUUGACUACCUCUCGGCUCCUGGAAGUGAAUUUUGGGCGGAUAUUCCGAGUCAGACUUUUGUCGACGAGCAAGAAUGGGGUCAACACGCGAUGAAACAUGGCGAGGAUGACCCGCUGCAUGGAGUAUUGAGUGAAAUUCCAUGGACGCUAGAGAUACAGGCCUCACUGAAAGAUGCUGAAGAACAUUUUGGUCGUCCAUGGACGCCGAUCGUUUCUCCCCGAACUAAACAAGCAGCACCAAUGUUCUUCAUCGGUGGUAUAAAGCCAAUUCCAGGAGCAGUAGUGAAGCAAAAGAUGUGCCCCGGUAUCGACUUCGAGGAUUAG